AUGGCUUCUGAAGACUUCGUCGCUCCUCUCGAGAGCUUCCCCACCCUGCAGCCGGCCUUUGUCAUCCGGGUUAGCAUUGCCGGCCAGUUCCCUUGUGGAGACAUCUACACUGGUUCUUCCCUCGUUGGUGUUCCUCUCGGCGAGGGCACUCUGAAGUCUGUCGCGGGCUUCGAGCCCAAGUUGGACAUGACUCUUAGUCAUGGCCACGACUGGUUCCGCAUUGAUGCAGACAAGACCCAUGCCCGCCUUAGUGUUUCUUGCAUUAUCUCAGACAAGGAGAACCGGUCCAUCCGACUCGAGGCCAAUGGUGUCUCCCAACUGACCCCGGCCAUUCUUGGACUGAUCACCGGCUCCCCCGAGGCAAAGACUCCUCCUUUUGGAGAUGGAAUCGAGCAAAUGACAAUCACAUCAGGCCAUGAGGUUUACAAGCCCCUGGAAGGCAUGAUGUUUGCUUGCAGCCAGCGCUUUGCUAUCAGCGAGACUGGUCAACCCCUUGCUGAGAUUCGUGUUUCUCGUAUCCUCUGUGGUACAGGCGAUGUGUAA